AUGCCUUCUGCAGUUGCCAUGACUAGUGGACGCGACCUCGACAUCACCUCUGAUGCUAUUGACGAAGUCAACGUCAUCAAGGGGAAGCUAUGGAACGACACGUCCGAAUUUGACGAGGCCAAGGACAAGUCUCAGUUCCGCGACUACGAAGCUGCUUGUGAUCGCGUCAAAGACUUUUAUAAAGAACAACAUGAGAAGCAAACAUUAGCUUUCAACAUCAAAGCUCGCGUGGAAUUCAAGAGCAAGAAACGCGCCCGUAUGGGUGUCUGGGAGGCAAUGGAAAUGCUUAAUACUCUGAUUGACGAGUCAGACCCGGACACGAGUAUGUCCCAAAUUGAGCACCUGCUGCAGACCGCAGAAGCCAUACGAAGAGACGGCAAACCCGAGUGGAUGCAGGUGACAGGCCUCGUGCACGACCUAGGAAAAUUACUCCUGCUGUUUGGUUCUGAAGGUCAAUGGGAUGUCGUCGGCGAUACCUUUGUUGUGGGCUGCAAGUUCUCAGACAAGAUCAUCUAUCCGGAAACGUUCAAAAACAACCCCGACACGUACGACGCAGUGUACUCCACCGAAUAUGGUAUCUAUAAGCCUCAUUGCGGGCUAGACAACGUGAUGCUAUCGUGGGGCCACGAUGAGUAUCUGUACAACGUCUUCAAAGAUCAAAGCUCGCUGCCGGCGGAGGCACUAGCGAUGAUACGAUAUCAUAGCUUCUACCCGUGGCAUAGGGAGGGCGCCUACUCGCAUCUCACGAACGAUAAAGAUGCCCGGAUCCUCGCGGCUGUCCAAGCAUUCAACCCGUACGACCUGUACAGCAAAUCCGACGAGCCCUGUGAUCCUGUCAAACUGCGACCCUAUUAUGAACGCCUAAUUUCGAAAUUCUUCCCUCCGGUGCUUGAUUGGUGA